AGCGACGGCCAUUUUUUGUGCCCAUAGAAGGGCAAAUCAGGAAAAAAAUGGCCGCCGGCAGGAGAAAAUAACGGAGAAAAACGGGAGAUGAAGUGAUACGGGGGGGCCACCGGGAAAAGGUAAGUAAAAACGGGGGUUUCCCGGGGAAAACAGGGUACUUGGCAGCUAUGCUGAGAUGUGAUCUUACUCCUUAAGGAGACCUAAUCCCAUUUGCCUUCCAGCCUGCAGUAUGGUCAGAUGAAUCCCAUUCACAUGGAUUUGGGGGAAGAGCUGAUCACCUGGUGCCCAGGGCCCACAGAACUUCAAGACCCGUCCUCCCAUUGCCGCGGAGGGUUUCUUGUUGCACUGCCUACAGAACUCAGAAUUGCUACAAACUCACUGGAGUUUCAGGUGCUAAUCAGUUCAAUGGACAGCAACAUUCCUGUGUGCAUCUGCUGAAUGAAUCCAUUUUAGACUGUAGCAAUGAUAGAAGAGGGUCGCUGGGGAGUGGGGAUGUUCAUAUAAUAUCUACCCAGGUGGGAGAUAAUGGUGUGUUUUUUAAAAAUAAAUAGAGUUGUAUACUGCUCUUGGUGGUAUGUUUAGCCUGGAGAAGAGAAGGUCAAGGGGUGAUAUGAUAGCCAUGUUCAAAUAUAUAAAAGGAGGUCAUAUAGAGGAGAGAGAAAGGUUGUUUUCUGCUGUUCCAGAGAAGCAGUCACGGAGCAAUGGAUUCAAACUACAAGAAAGAAGAUUCCACCUAAACAUUAGGAAGAACUUCCUGACAGUAAGAGCUGUUCGGCAGUGGAAUUUGCUGCCAAGGAGUGUGGUGGAGUCUCCUUCUUUGGAGGUCUUUAAGCAGAGGCUUGACAGGCAUAUGUCAAGAAUGCUUUGAUGGUGUCUCCUGCUCGGCAGGGGGUUGGACUGGAUGGCCCUUGUGGUCUCUUCCAACUCUAUGAUUCUAUGGUUCUCAGCAUAAAAACGCAAGAUAAAAACACAACGCACAUGGAGUAGAACUGGGAUGGCAAGUUCAAUCACAUGAUCCAUUUGGUGCAGGAAUUGGGAUGGAAUGGGAAUAUCCUGGAGGUACAGACUUGCAGGGAAAUGGUUAGCUUUCGGUCUGUCCCCCCCCAUUACAAUAGGAAAUGCUCUUGAGUUUUCUCUACCCCCCCCCAACCCGAUUUCUAUUUCCACCAAUCAAGACUCCUCUUCCGAGUCAGGACUUUUCACUUUUCGGCUGCUGCAGCUUGUGGCACCUGUUCAGGGGGAUUUGCUCAGUUGCGCAGAGUAUGCUGCUCCUGUCCUGCACUCAAUAAUUCAGCGGUUGAGCCCUGGAGUGGCUGGGGUUACUGGCCCCCCAGCAGCGCCAUGCAUAUUUCAUGGUCCAGAUUUCAGCAACGGGGAGGUCACAACAAGGCCCCUUUGUGUGCAAGGUUCAGCACGUGGGCGCUGCUGUCACGCACUGCCGAUUCCCAAUGGCCUCCCAUCUAUUUGGCUCCUGGAUGAACCACUAAGCUUACUGCAAAGCAGGGCGAUGCCGUCCCAAGCUGCACCGAUCGUAGGAUGCACCCAGUGGUGUAGGUACCAGAAGGACGCCGAGUAGCAAGCUCUCCACGCCGUUCCAGACCUCUGCAGGCGCUGUGUUGAGCACCUUGCUUCCAAGCAUCUUGACAUUGCCAUCGACAAACCUGGGAUGCUACAGUUCGGCCCACUCAAACAUGCCGUUCCAGCCACACUUUGUCCCCAAAGCCAGGCAGAGGGGGGCUGGCUCAGAGCAGCCACAGCAGAUGGCACCCCUGGAAGCAACAGGCCUGUUCCCUUCGGUGGCUCAGCGAGGUUCAGCCCUGCCCACAGCGAGUGUCACCACCCACCCCGGCUGCGCCAUGAGGAUGAGUGUGACCCCCGGCUUCAGACGGUGCCAGGGCCAUGCAAGGACCAGAGAAGACCCUGCCAGAGGGAAGUGCACAGGCUGGCUGGAGAAGGUAGGAGCUGCAAACAAGCACCAGAAUAAAACUGCUCCCAAGACUCCCUUAACCCCACGGCAAAACAGGAUGGCUCUUCCCCAGAUUUCCAAAGGAGGCAAGGUCUUUGAGAAACCAGGCCAGAAGCUGCCAUGCCUCCCUGCCUGCUUCCCCCAUGCCAAAGCAGCCCCUUUGGGCACUCCUGACAUGGCGCCCUGGACUGGGCCCUCUCAGUCCGAGACUUCCUUCCAUGCCCUUUUCAAGCCUGUCGUGUCCUUCUUGCACAGUGUCCCUUUCUCAGCAGCAGGAACACCCAGCUCCUGCAGCUUCUUCCAAGACCAUCUCGGAGAGAAGGUGCCGGCUGCCGAAGGGGAGCAACGGCAGAGGACCCUGCUGCUCCAAGGCAAGGCGAAGCAGAAGGCCCGGAGCAGAGGCUCACCCAGGCACUUCCGGAGCAAGUGGCAGGGGGUGAAGCUGCCGCCCGUGCCCAGCAUCACCAACCUCAGCUUCAGCCGCAAUUUCACCUUCUCCUUCUUUGAGUUGCCUCCGCAUCAGGGCCCCCAGUACUGGGUGCAGCGCCAGCAGCUCAUCCGCCUCCUGAUGAAGCAGCUGCAGUAG